AUGGGUUUGAAAACAGGAAAUAUAGACCGUGUUGCUGCAUCACUUGGAUUAUCAGGAACGUUGAAGAAGAAAAGAGAAGAAAUUGUUGCUGUUUCAUAUGGGGGAAAGAAAACCCCCAGAAGCUCAUCAUAUUCCCAAGGUCGUUCUCGGCCUUCCCAAAAUUCCUACCAAGCUUGCUACACGCAAGAUAGUCAUCCCAAUAAUCCUCCAAUUUAUCAAAAUACUGCCUCCACUUAUUCAAACGUCCAAGCUCCAUUAUACCAAAGUCCACCCCCGAAUUACCAAAAUCCAUCUCCCAUUUACCCAAAUCAUCCUCCACCCUACCAAAUUCCAUCUCCCUACCAGGGUGUUGCUCCCAACUGUGCUAACAUGCACUCGAGCUACCGAGCACCCCCUCUUGUGUUUCAAGUCCAAGCUCCACCAUAUCAAAAUCCCCACCUGAACUACCAAGCUCGAAUGCCAAACUACCAGACAAACUCAUAUCCUAGAAAUCAAGCUCCCUGUUCGAACAAUCGAGGUUAUCAACAGAUGCCUCCCCCACAAGGAACUUAUGAUCCCCCUCAACCUCAAUUUGAGAAGAAACCUUCGAGGAAUUUCAGUGCGCUUGCAAAAAUCCAAACAAAGUUGUACGAGCGACUGGCUGCGGUCGGAUAUAUCCACCCAGUGGGGCCCAAACCCGUUGAUAUCAAUUCAAAAUUCUAUAGGCCAGAUCAGAGAUGUGCUUAUCAUUCCAAUACUGUUGAGCAUGAUACAGAGGAUUGUAGAUUCAGGAUUUAA